UUUUUUUUUCUUUCCCUCCCUUUUUUUCUGUCCUCCCGACCAUGCCCGAGCCCGCCAAGUCGGCGCCCGCCCCGAAGAAGGGCUCCAAGAAGGCGGUGACCAAGGCGCAGAAGAAGGACGGCAAGAAGCGCAAGCGCAGCCGCAAGGAGAGCUACUCGGUGUACGUGUACAAGGUGCUGAAGCAGGUGCACCCCGACACCGGCAUCUCGUCCAAGGCCAUGGGCAUCAUGAACUCGUUCGUGAACGACAUCUUCGAGCGCAUCGCGGGCGAGGCGUCGCGCCUGGCGCAUUACAACAAGCGCUCGACCAUCACGUCGCGGGAGAUCCAGACGGCCGUGCGCCUGCUGCUGCCCGGGGAGCUGGCCAAGCACGCCGUGUCCGAGGGCACCAAGGCCGUCACCAAGUACACCAGCUCCAAGUAGACGCGCUCCUGAGCCGCUUUGCUCCUGACCCAAAGGCUCUUUUCAGAGCCACCCCACACUUCACGGAAAUAGCUGCCAUACUCGCGUUUGGUUACACUGCUGAUGACGCCUGGUGUCUGAUGGGGGCGGCAGUAUUUGAAAAACCUACGCUGAGCUGCAAUUUGCCGGAUAGUUUAUGGGGUGUGCUUUUCGAAAAGAUUCCUUGGAAGGUGAAAUUCUGACCCCUGUUUUUCCCGGAGAAAACCAGCGGGCUCCGCAGUCAGUCAUAAGCGGAAAUUGAACCGUUCUUUGCUGUGCAGUCGGAUCCAGUUCGCGUCCUUGUCCCACACAGCUCGGAACAGGGACUGUAGCAGCUCUGCCUGCCCCGCGGUGACAUUAGGGUGAGUGGAAAUGAUUUCCAUCAAAGCACAAUGGGAACAUUAAAGGUCAGGGCGGCUCCUUAAAGAUAAAAUGUGGAACGAGGAACCCAGCAGCCUGGGAAAGCCGCGUUCAU